CCGAGAUUUUGGCAGCCGGUGGCGCAUCGUCGCGGGCGCGAGAGCCGAGAUUUUGGCACGCGAGUGCACACGCGCGGGGGGGGGUAAAAAAAUUACGAUCUAUACGAAUCCGAGAAUUUUUACCUGUCACGUUUGCGUCAUUUUUUUUUACGACUUCCAAUUUCGCGCGUUAGUUGUUUUCACGCGAAGACGCACAAAUCGGCCUUCGAUUUGCGUACCGGUACAACAAGGAGGAAAAUAAUACAAUAAAAUUAAAGAAAAAAAAAAAGAAGUGAUUCGCGGGCUGUAUAAUAUCACGGUAUACGACGACUGCUGUUUCGUUGGACAAACACGCGUUUUAUUACUAUUUUUACGUGUUCAAACACGAACUGUGUGCCGAGACUCUGCGCGUCGGCUCUCGACUUUCCUCGUGGAUUUUCAUCAUCAUCAUCAUGCUUAUUAAUAAUUCGUAAUCGAUCGUCGUGUACUCAGGUAUACGCCUUUCUCGCCUCUAAUCUCGCUCGAUUUCGUGGUUUUUCCCCCCGCUGCGCUCGUGGUUAAUCGGCGCGCACACGCCCCCAUCGGUACUCGGUAUAUAUACCACAAAAGCUCGAAAUUUUUUUUAGUCAUAGUUCGACACAGAGAGAUAAUAAGUGCGAUCGUAUUGUAGUGUGCUCGUGUGCUCGUGUGCUCUAUAUAUUAUAUAGACGAGAUAUAAUAGACUCGUUGCGAGACUUGACUCAACUCGACGUUGGUGCUAUAUUAACCGGCGGGCUGCCAAAAAUUUUCAACGAAACGUGCGAUCUCGAGCUCAUCUCGUUGUGUGCGAUCUCUACUGCGUCGAUCGUCAUCCAACGGCGAUCGUCUACGUCGGCAUCAUUACGUUGAACGGCCAACACGCUAUUCGCGAGUUCAAGGCACGCCGUCUCAAAGAUCUCUUCCUGUCCGUUCUCGCCUAUUUCAAAUACUCGGCUCGGUGUGUGAAAUGAAUAAGGAGAUUUUCGCCAAUGGCAUCGCUACCAUAGAUUUGCGCGCCGAGAAAUGCGCCGAGGAUCAUCGAGAGCCGAGUCAGCCGGCCAAGAGCUACGACGAGGCGAUCCGCGCCACCGGCUGGGGCUGGUACAACGUACACCUGCUCCUGCUCUGUCUGCCGAUCGCCUGGUCGGCCGUCAUCGACACGACCAGCACCGUGUUCGUGCUCAACUCGCAGGAGUGCGAGUUCGAGCUGACCAUGUUUCGCCGGGGCAUAGCCCUCUGCGUCAUCUAUAUGGGUAUGAUAGUCGCCGGGCCGAUCUGGGACACCUGUCUGCGCGAGUACAGCACGGCGUACUUGGGCAAAAGAAACAUCAUCAUAAUAGGAAUUUUAAUGGACGCCCUGUGCAAUCUAUUCUGGACCUACACUUCGUCUUUUUACACAUACGUUAUAUGCAAAUUCAUUAGCGGCCUGAUAGUCGCCGGCCCGUUGUCCGUCGUAAUGGCUUACUUAUCGGAGUUUCACGCGAUCGCUUACCAGGCCAAGUUUACGAGGUGGGCCGGUCUGCUCGUCGCCGUAUCUAACAUCGUGCCGGCAGCUCUGGCCGCGAUACUGCUGCAUCGUGCCGACUGGCUGAACUUCACGCUCCACGGCCAGUUCUAUCCGACCUGGAGGAUCUACCUGCUGGUCAACGGGCUGCCGUCGAUUCUCGGAGUGAUCACGGCCUGUCUGCUGCCCAAGAGUCCGAAAUUUUUGAUAUCACAGGGCAAGCGCGAGGACGCCCUGAGAAUACUGGCCAAGAUGUAUCGCUGGAAUCAUCGCGACUCCAAUUGCGAGUAUCCCAUAACGAAUUUAAAGCGUCAAGAGGCCAAGAAGACGCCGAUCGGCGAACUGUUCGCCGAUAAUUUCCAACGAUACAAAUCGGUAUUUUCCGCGCCUUACAGCCACGCGCUGAUCACGGUGCUGUUUUUGCAAUUUUUCGCGAUGAUGGGCUUUCACGUAACGAGACUCUGGGUGCCACCGCUGUACGUCACCAUGAACCACUUUAGGGUGCUGACGCGCCACCUCUAUCCCAAGGACGAGCUCAUCACCAUGUGCGAGAUGCUGUAUCCGCGACUGCAGAACAUCGAUCACACGGGCUGCACCUACGUACAGCCCAAAGUCGAGGCCGCCGUCUACGUGAACUCGACGAUCAUCGCCACGACCGCCGUGACACUCGGCUUCGUCUUUGUGCUGCUGGCCACCACGAGAUUGCGAAAAAUCAGUCUACUAGUCUUUUUGUUCCUGGUCGCCGCCGCCGGCUGCUGCGUCACCAACUGGGCGAUCAACAUACCCUGGAUGUUGGUCACGGUCGCCCUGACCAUCGUCGGCUCCCGCGUCGCCGGCCAACUGAUCGUCGCCUACAAUUCCGAAAUAUUGCCGCUGCACCUGAGGUCGACGUCUCUUAGCGUAAUCAAUUUUGUAGGAAAUUUAGGCGCCGUCGUCGGCAACGUCAUAUUCGGUAUACUCAUCGAUAUCGACUGCUCCUCGACCUUCCUGUGCCUGGGAGUCUGCCUGUUUCUGUGCACAAUCAUGCCGGUGUUUCUCGUGCAGAAGGUGAAGAAAAUGGACCUGGACGUCGUCGAGGCCACCAGAUUUUGACCGAAGAAGAAAAGAAAGAUAUAAAGAGAUAGUAUCUGACUAAAAAUUUUUAUUAUAAGAGCAAAUACUGCCAUUUUAUACAACAUCUUCAAAAGAGCAAAUACUGCUAUUACAUGAUAUAAUUAUUAUUAAUACAGGGGGCUCGAUCAUCCAACGAUAAAAAUUCUCUCUGGGCCCGCUGCGAGUCGGGUCUCUGUAAUAAUGUGCAAUAUAUUUAUGUUGGUGGCCCAAGACGACACUCGGGUAAGCGGCUCUCCGCGUCUUAGAGCACGUACAAAUCUUACUUCUGUUGUUGUUGUUGUUAUUAUUGUUGUUUUUGUUUUUCUUUUUUUAUUGACAAAUUUUUUUUUCUCUUCUUCUUAUAGUAAACGAGAUAUAUAUGCUCGGAUGAGAGAGAGAACGUAAGACACGAUGUUGCGGCGUCGUCAAUUGUAUCAAUUGAUGCCGUGUACAUUUUAAAGUGCGAUUUAUACACAGACACAGACACACAGACACAAGCGCGUACGUAUAUAUAUAUAUACACGCAAAAGAGACUUAGUAGCGAAUUAUUAAAAAGCUCGCAUCAACGAGUAUCAACUAGACCUAUUAAAAUGUAUCAUUGACUAAAUGUAUAAAUGUUGUGCGUGAAAUGUGUUAUACUGCUCCAAUGCCAAAGUCUCCGGGGCAGUUCAAUCCGAUGCCGUCUGGCCGGUCGAAGCCGGGAGACACUAUCUGACUAUCGUGAAUUAUAUCGUUGUUGUUAUUUAUUUUUUUAAUUGUGCAUGAUUGAGAAACUGACUGGUGCGUAUGAUAUUGAUUUAUACACGAGAAAUACUGAUUUUUUAUAAUAUACACGUAUUUUUAUACUCAUUUUUAGGUAGCUAUGAAAUUUUUACAAU